AUGGAAAACUACAAAUUUAAUAUUCUUCAUUCUUCACAAAAAUCAGGAGCUCUUCAGUUUGGUUCUUUUUCUUUAAAAUCAGGGCGUCAAAGUCCAUAUUUUUUUAACAGUAGUUUUAUGAAUACGUCUAUCCUUUUAGAUUUAUUAGCAACAGCUUUUUCUCAUAUUAUUUUGAAUAUGAAAAUUGAAUUUGAUGUGAUCUUUGGAUUGGCAUAUAAAGGAAUUCCUUUAGGUGCAAUCACAGCGAUAAAACUUUAUGAACUUGACAAAACUAAGGCAAAUAUUGAAUUUAUAUACCAUAGAAAAGAAAAAAAGGAUCAUGGAGAAGGAGGUAAUAUAGUAGGCACAUCAAUAAAAGAAAAACGAGUAUUAAUAUUGGACGACGUAAUUACAGCAGGAACUGCAAUCAAAGAGGCAAUUGAUAUUAUUGAAAAAGAAGGUGGAAAAUUAGUCGGAAUUGUAGAAAUAUUGGACCGCCAAGAAAAGAGAUAUAAUAAUGAAGCUAGUACAGUUGAAAUGCUACGUAAAGAAUACCAGAUCCCAGUAGAAGCGAUUAUUACAUCAAAAGAUAUUAUAGAUUAUUCCAAAAAGAUGUUAAAUGAGGAAAAUACAAAAUCAAUCCAAGAAUAUUUAGAAAAAUAUGCAGCAAUUAGCAUUUAA